UUGGGUGGGGAGGGGGCAAAUAAUGUCUAACGGGCUUAUGUUCGGUAGAAUCAGUGCUUGAAGUAUGAAAAAACAGGCCGGUAAUCACCUUGUUAUUCACUGCUGGUGGGUAAAGGAACCGAUGAGCAAGCACUGGAGCAAAGCUUGUGCCUGUGAGCCCUUCGGCGAUGAUGGACGUGGGACGUCGCUGCCUCCAUUCAUAGGGAAGGCCUUGGAAUUACUGGUGUCUUAUGAAACUGUGACUCAUCCGAUUGCAGUGAACGAUGAAUCAAUCGGCGGCGAGAGCAAACAGAAGUGAAGAGAAAUGUGAAGGCUGCCCAGAGGAACAGGUACCAAUCUUAAAGGAUCCGCAGGGCAGAUGGAUGGAUGGGUUACUGCUGGACCACACCGAGGGUCAGUCCUUUUUGACUGAAGCAUUCAAAGUCAUCCUGGAAGAAGUCCUCACCAAGGGCACAGAUGUGAAUGAGAAGGUUUGUGAGUGGCGAGAUCCAGCCGAGUUGCAGCUGCUUUUGGAUCUAGAGCUACGGGAGGAUGGGGAGAACCAGCAGCAGCUGAUGCAGCGUGUCAGAGAUGUGGCUGCAUACAGUGUGAAGACUAGUCAUCCUCGGUUCUUCAAUCAGCUGUUUGCAGGGGUGGACUACCAUGCUUUGGCUGGACGGUUCCUAACAGAGGCGCUCAACACUAGCCAGUAUACCUAUGAGGUGGCCCCAGUGUUUGUGCUCAUGGAAGACGUUGUGCUGUCCCAGCUGCGUUUGCUGGUCGGCUGGGGGGAAGGAGAUGGCCUUUUCUGCCCGGGUGGCUCUGCAUCCAACAUGUACGCCAUGAACGUGGCUCGCUACCGGGCCUUCCCACAGGUCAAGCUGAAGGGGAUGUGGAGUAUCCCCCAGCUGGCUGUCUUCACAUCCCAGGAGAGCCACUACUCUGUGGGUAAGGCUGCAUCACUCCUGGGCAUCGGACUGGAGAGUGUAUUUCUUGUGAAAGUAAACCAAAGGGGUCAGAUGGUUCCGGAGGACCUAGUUGAGAAAAUCGAGCUCGCUAAGUCGCAGGGGGCUGUGCCUUUGUUAGUCAGCGCCACCUCUGGUACUACCGUGCAAGGCGCCUUUGACCCGCUGGACCUCAUAGCGGACGUGUGUGAAAACAAUGGCCUGUGGAUGCAUGUAGAUGCAGCAUGGGGAGGAAGUGUGCUGUUCUCCAAGAAACACAGACAGCUGAUGAAAGGAAUCGAAAGGGCAGAUUCAGUGACGUGGAACCCGCACAAGAUGCUCCUCACAGGCCUGCAGUGCUCCGCUUUCCUGCUCAAAGACACCACGAAUCUUCUGAAGCACUGCCACUGUGCGAAUGCCAGUUACCUCUUCCAGCAAGACAAGUUCUAUGACGUGAGUCUGGACACGGGGGAUAAAUCCAUUCAGUGUGGCCGCAAGGUGGACUGCCUGAAGCUGUGGCUAAUGUGGAAGGCGGUGGGCACGCGGGGUCUGGAGGGGCGUGUGGACCAAGCCUUCCAGAACGCCAGCUACCUUGUGGACAAGAUGAAAAAGAGGGAAGGAUUUCAACUUCUGAAUGAACCAGAGUUUGUGAAUGUGUGCUUCUGGUUCAUACCGCCAAGUCUCAGGGGAAAACAGAACAUUAAGGACUACCAGGAAAGACUGUCCAAGGUGGCACCAGUCAUAAAGGAGCGGAUGGUUCGUGAGGGAAGUAUGAUGGUAGGCUAUCAACCCCAGAGCAGACGAGUCAACUUUUUCCGCAUGGUGGUCCUCUCCCCUGAGAUCACCUUGCAAGACAUGGACUUUUUUCUGAAUGAAAUUGAGCGGCUGGGAGUAGACUUGUAAUAGACGGGCUAUGGCAGUGUUUCUCAAACCGGUCAUUGGCGACACCCUCAGACAGUCUACAUUUUUGCUGUCUCCCAGCUCAGGGAGCAGCAGUGUAGACUGUCCAGCACGGAGCUGGGAGGGACCAAAAACAUGGACCAUCUGGAGGUCCCAGAGGACUAGGUUGAGAAAAACUGGGCUAUGGCUGCUGAUUCUUAAUGUACAGCCCAUGGUUUGUUGGUUUGGCUUCAAGAAGGUGCUCUACUAUUGUACCUUUUAAAAGAGGUACUUUACCUAAAUUUCUAAAUACAUUCCAUGUUGCCUAAACUGGAAUAGUGUCAACUAAGAAAGCUGUAAUUAAUAAUAGUUCAUAUAUGUUUGAAUUUAAGUUUAUUUUGUAGAAACUCUGUAGGUACUCAUGUCUUCCCAAAUGUUAACGUUUUUUUGGACAUCUGUAUAUUCAGGGUGUGUUACAAAGGAAAAGGGCUUUAAAAAGCCCAGGAAAGCUGAUUUUGCUUGUAAAAACAUGUCUUAAAUAAACCAGAACUACUCUCCA